GCUGCUCAGGGAGCGCGCGGCGACCGGCGGUGCGCUGUGUCCCUCGGACACAGCAGAUCACCGAUCACGGAAAGAGCCGAAGAUGUCGGCUCGGUCAUGUGAUCAGCUGUGUCCAAUCACAGCUGAUCACAUGACGUGUACACUGGUCAUCAGGGCACUGAUGAUCAGUGUGCCCUGAUGAUCAGUGUAACCCCAGCAGUGCCACCUGUCAUUGUCCAUCAGUGCCUUGUGUCAGUGCUCAUCAGUGCCUCGUGCCAGUGCCCAUCAGUGCCACAUCAAUGCCACAUAUCAGUGCCUACCAGUGCACAUCAAUGCCACAUAUCAGUGCCCAUCUGAGCUGCCUAUCAGUGCCAGUCAGUUCCACCUAUCAAUGCCAAUCAGUGCCACCUAUCAGUGCCAGUCAGUGCCACCUAUCAAUGCCAGUCAGUGCCGCCUAUCAGUGCGCAUCAGUUGCGCCUAUC